CCUCCAAAAAAGAGUAUAGACUGCAAAAUCAGUUGUCUAAACCAUGAUCACUCAAAACCUCAUCUUCCUCACCAUUUCAUCUCUCUUCAUUCUCUCACUACUCCAUAAUUUGUUUCAAACCGGUGAAGCAAAUUGCACCCCAUCUGCCUGCGGCAUUAUUCGCAACAUCAGCUACCCUUUCCGCCUCAAGGGCGAUCCCAGCAACUGUGGUGAUCGCAGAUUUGAGUUAACCUGCGAAAACAAUGUGACCUCCAUCUAUCUUAACUCUCACAAAUACUAUGUCAAAGCCAUCAACUACAGAAACGGCUACGGCUACGACAAACCCACCAUCAGGCUGGCCGAUGCUUCCAUAAACAAUGACGACCUCUGCUCUUUUCCCACCCUUUCUAUAGAUGCUUACAAUUUCGCCGACUACGAAAGUCCUCAUAGUAUUCCUAAUUACGAAAUUCCGAGUUAUUCUAGUUAUCCAUAUGAUGAUGAACCCUUGCCUAUUAAUUUUAUAAGCUGCCCAAAUCCGUUGACCAAUUCUUCCCUUUUUACUGAUAUCACUACUCAGUGUGCCUCUAAUUCAUCCCAUCCCAGAUAUGCUUAUAUCAAGGUCGGCCACAUGAAUACCUCAGAGUUACCACUUGUGUGCGGAGUAGAUGUGAUAGUGAUGACAUCGUGGCAUUUUAAGGAUUUGAACAACGUUUCGCUUUCAGAAAUCCACCAUUCUCUCUUGUAUGGAUUUGAACUCAUCUGUAGCUGGUAUGCAACAUCUAUGUCGGUUAUAGACUUCCUUGAGUUUCACUUAAUUCUUGCUGUCAUUGUAGGUCUGUUAUGUGCAGUGGCAAGCCCUCCUGUAUUCGCCAUCUUUGGAUUCGCGGCUCUAACACUACUCAGUAUACUCUUAUUUAAAACUAUCGGUGUAUUCAGGAUAAUAAAUCCCAUGCUUGCAGCUCUAGCGCUCCAAAAUAUUCCGCGCUUCAUUGAACUGGUGGUAAUAGGUUUCAUCAUCUUGGCGCCAAGGCUUAUUAUUUUUCCAUUGGUGUUGUGGCUUUUGAUCAAGAAAUUUCGGAGAAGGCAUUUGUCUAUAUAUAACAGAAUAGAAAGCUUCUUACGAAGUGACAACAAGCUCUCACCAAUUAGAUAUUCAUAUUCAGACAUUAGGAAAAUGACCAGAGGUUUUCACGAUAAACUUGGUGAGGGUGGCUAUGGUUCUGUUUACAAAGGAAAGCUCCGAAGCGGCCAUGACGUAGCAGUCAAAUUGCUCGGCAAAUCCGGAGGAAAUGGGCAAGACUUUAUGAAUGAAAUUGCUACUAUUGGAAGGAUACACCAUGUGAAUGUGGUGAACCUUGUUGGAUAUUGUGCACAUGGUUCCAAGCGUGCCCUUGUCUAUGAUUUCAUGCCCAACAGUUCCCUUGAAAAGUACAUCUUCAAUCGAGAUAAAAUAACUUCCUUAAAUUGGGAUAGGAAGUUUGAGAUUGCAGUUGGAGUUGCUCGCGGGAUUGAGUACUUGCAUCGAGGGUGUGAUGUUCAGAUCCUCCAUUUCGACAUCAAGCCUCAUAAUAUACUUCUUGAUGAUAGCUUCAUUCCAAAAAUAUCUGAUUUUGGACUAGCGAAAUUUUGCUCUACAGAUAAGAAGGCAGUGACCAUGACAGCUGCAAGAGGAACCAUUGGCUAUGUUGCUCCUGAACUCAUCAGUAGAAGUAUCGGUGCAGUCUCUUACAAGGCUGAUGUAUAUAGUUUCGGGAUGCUGCUUAUGGAAAUGGCGGGAUUAAACAGAGACUUGAGCGGUAACAAUGGUGGUUCCAGUCAGCAUUUUCCAUACUGGAUCUAUGACAGCUUUGAGCAGGGUAAGAAUAUUGAAAUCGUGAAAUUAACAGAUGAAAACGAUGAUAAUGAUGUUACGAGAAAACUUGUUCGGAAGAUGGCAAUAGUUGCAUUAUGGUGCAUACAGAUGAGUCCAAACGAUCGUCCAUCAAUGAAUAAAGUGCUGGAAAUGUUGGAAGCUGAUGUUGAACGUCUACACAUUCCUGUCCAUCCGUCACAAUCUACCUAUGUUGCAGUGAAUGUGGAUCAAACCAAAAUUACAUGUUCGUCUGAUUCUGUAUCAUUGCAACAUCAUGAUUAUGCUUCGACCAGUGUUGAGAUUGCUCAAGAGUUGCAGAGUUAAUUUGCCAUAGUGGAAAAUGGCAUUAUUGAUAUUGUUGUGUGUUUCCUUUGACAAUAUGCACUAAUUUUCGCAGUUUAAGAAGUUUUCCCCUGUUAUGAUGUUGAUUUAGGACUACGGUAUUUAUAAGUUUUAGUAUUGUUGGUGUUGUGGGGAAAUAUAAUAAUAACACAACUCAUAUUUUUGUUCAAUUUUAUUAGAUAUGUGAUGUUUGUUGACGUA